GAAGGGAGAAGAAGACGCGAGAACACCAAGAAUUCGUUCAUGGAUUUCGUCGAGUGUAAUCCCUAACAAGGUAAUUGCCCUAUUGGAUACACACUUAGGUCAAUAGAAUCCCAAAUUGCCCUAUUGGAGUUUUGAAUCUUAUCAACAUUUGUCUUCUUCUUAUCGUUUUAACCUCAACAAUUCAGGGUAUGAGAGCACAUCCUCUCUCCCUGAAAACAAAAAUUGGAGGAAUUGAUUCAAAUUUUUCAGAACAGCAACAACACAUUCCUAAUUCCGCAAUGAAGAAACUCCGGAGACUUCCUCAUGUAUUUAACUACUUUCUGCAAUUGCCGUUCCGUUCUGAUGCAAAUGUGGCGGUGGAAGAGAAGGAAGGAUUCUUCGGUUUCGUGGCGAAAAUCGAACUAGAAGGAGCUGGGGAUGGACAAGUGAGGGCACAGGCAGUAGAGAUUCAUCCUGGGGUAACAAAGAUCGUUGUAAGAAAAGGAAAUGGAGAUGGUGAUGAGGAUGAAAAACUGAAUGUGGAUGCAUGGAGGUACAGGUUGCCUGCUUCGACUAUGCCGGAGCUGGCCACAACAGUAUUUGUAGACAGAGCUUGUGUGUGUAGAGACGCUGACCAACUUAUUUUUGUACAAUAGUUAACUUUUUCAUAUUUGAUGUAUCAAUUACACAAACAAUUAGUAUAUCAGAAUAUAUGCUUAUGACGAAACUUCAAUCAUGUAUACUAUAUAUCUAA